CAAUAAGGUACCAAACAGGAGACAUAGCGUUGUCUUUGUAAACCCAUCUGUGCUAACAGUGGGGUGUUACAUGGGACUGUAAUGGUGGCCAAAGCGGUUUUACUAGUUUACCUUGCGGCGCUAUGGAGUCCCUCCCGCGGGGACCUGUCCACCGCUCCCAUCACCACCGACUGGAUCCCCAGGGUCAGCAGCAAGAUGACCACCUUCGCCGAGUCCCAGACCGGUGCGCUGCAGCUGGUCCAGGAGUAUGAUGACAACCUCAGCUUCACACAGACCCCGAUCGACGGUGAGACCCAGCUCCAUCUGCUGACCCAGGCAGCAGGAGACCGGCUGAAGAAGUGCCGGGAGAUCCUGGAAAGGAACAAGGCUGAGAUAGAAGCCUCCCAUGCACAGGGUCCGACAGGGGGCGCUCCAGCUUCUGACUGCUGCGACAACCUCGGCCAGCUGGAGUACGACCCGAGGUUCCUGCAGCGGAUUGUUAACGACACCUGCGCUACUUUUACUGCAGGAGCCGGUGAUAACACAGUCCGCACGAGUGUCUACGACACCAUGAAGUCCAACAUACAUGAGAUGUCUGGGGUGACCUGGCAGUAUUAUGGUGCCAAGGAUGGCGAGUAUCACCAGUUCCCAAAGAACGACAGGUCAUGUGGAGGCAGCGCCCACAUAUUCAAGAACUGGUACGUUAGCGCGGCGUCUCCCAAGAAGAAGAACGUGGUGAUUGUGAUAGAUGUGAGUAAGUCCAUGGAAACCGCAAACCGGAUCGACUUGGCCAAGCAGGCAGCGUUGACAGUCCUCGAUACUCUAACAGCGAGGGACUGGGCAGGAGUUGUGUCCUUUAGUGACAACCCCGAAACACCAGUGGGCUGUCUGGGAGAGAGUCUGGGAGAAGCUAACCUAGGCAACAUCGACAUCAUGAGGGAUUUCAUCAACAGCCGUAGUCCUAAACUUUUCACCUACUACGCCAAAGCAUUCGAAAAAGCUUUCGACAUUUUCUACAAAGCCAAACAAGACAAACCGGAACAAUUUUAUGACAGCAACAACGUCAUCAUCUUCCUCACAGACGGAGAGCCGACAGACGCGGAGAAUGUUCUAGAUCAGAUCACUGAGGGCCAGGAUCGCAUGAGCCGGAGUGUGCACAUCUUCACCUACGGCCUAGGCAACAGUCUCCAAACUGCCGUCAGCGGCUGGUGUGAUGCGCCCAAUGGCCAGUGUUCAAGAUCGUCAAAAGGGUUCCUUGAUGACUUUUUUUCAGCAAUCGCAGGCAACAAAGACGGUAUACCUGCGUUGGACUUUCUUGCAACUAUAGCAGAUCUGAACAACAUGCAGAUCUCCAAUGCAGUGACAUGGACUAAUGAAAACUGCGAACAGGACACGUAUGGCCCGUGCUUCGACUCUAACAGGGAUCCACAGGGUGUUGGUCCGCCAGGGAGAACUGAUAGCGUAGGUGAUGGCGAGGGAGACAGACUCAUGACAAUGAUGGGCAGCUACUAUGACUUCUUCCAGUCGGAACCAGAACCAACCUUUUCUGUACCGACUAAAGAUGAGCAUCUCGGUUUAACAAUAACCGCUGCUAUCCGCACCAUGGAUACAACCAGCACCUUCUUCGGUGUAACAGCUGUUGACAUCUCCAUGGACGUCGUGUUUAAUGAGAUCGUCAACUUUAACCUCGGCACAUACUCCCAUGCCUUCCUCGUCGACCGAGAGGACGGCCGUGUCCUUCUCCACCGAGAACUACCUAAACCCAUGGAGUGGCCGUCAGAACCGACAUUUCUCCACCUAAGCGCGAUGCAAGGCGCUCUUGAGGAUGAUGAAGUCACUAAGAUCCUGAAUGGGGAGAGUGGGAGCAGCUAUCACAACAAUGUGAAAGUUCCGGUGACUCGAGGGAGUGCCCAGUCUGACGGCGUCAUCACUGUAGAAAAGGCAGCAACCUUUUACUACGAACCCAUUCCUGACACCAAGUACAGCGUGGUUCUAUGCCUGUUUGAUGAGGAUAGCACAAUCACUGUGCCUGUCUCGGUGAAUCCCAUGAACAGCACAGAGUCGCUAUUCCAUCGACUGGACCUGCUGGACCAGAACGCAGACGUCUGUAGCCUGUACGGCAACUACGCCACCCUGGACGGAUCUACUAUAAUGUUCCCACCAGAAGCCUACUCUGAUCCCAUCGGCUACCUGAGCAGCUUGGAGACAUCUGAGGACGUUGCGAACAUCGAGCAAUUUCUCAAUGACAUAACUGGCUCUGUGGAGAAUCCAGGACUACUAGACGGCGUCCGGACGGAUGUGAUCCUGACUGCUGCAAUCGAGCAGUUCUGGAGGGAGAAUGAUGCAGAAUCAGUAUGGAGAUACGUGGGCACCAGAAACGGUAUGUUCAGAAUCUUCCCUGGAAUUACCGUGGACAGGCGGUAUGAUCCAACCCAGCAGACAUGGUACAAGCGUGCCCUGAGCAGACCCGGAGACUACACCUUCUCCCGUCCGGUUCCCAGUCCGUUCGGUGGCGGCAACAUGGUCACCAUCAGCAGGGUCAUUGCCCACACUGGCACUCAGCAGAUUUUAGGCGUUAUCGCAGCUGAUAUCAUCGAGAGGCAGUACUAUUCCCUGUUGUACUCUGAGAUCCCCGAAUGUUUAUCGGCGGAAUUUGAGUGCUUCUUACUUGACGACAGCGGCUAUUUCAUUGAGCUACCGACAUCACCGAACAUGGAGCACGAUCACCUGACGGACAGGUUCCCUUGGCUGGCGAAGGAACUGGUAGCCAGGGGAGAAUUCCUGACGCCGGGAUGGUGCAACAGUUAUGUUACCCAAAACUCCCAGCUGUUCUACGACACUUCCGGGUUCACUGGCCUGGAGGUCACCACGGGCCCAACGUGUACCCAGUUCUCCAUGUACCCAGUUAGCAACACCAACACGUUUUUGUUGGUUCUACACAACCGUCAGACAACCAAUUGCGACGACAGCCAGCGGCAGGACUGCUCCUGUGACGAAGUUUGCGAUACCUGCGAUGCAAAUGUUCAGUCUGUUUGCCAGUGCCCCUGCUCGUGUGCCUGGGAAAAUGAAGCCUGUUCGAGUGGAUUCCUCGGUGUCUUGACGGACAUUCCCUGUCCUCCUCCUCGAGGAGUCCCAAGCAGCCAAGGAGCGGGGCAAACAAACACACCACCACCAUACCAACCCGGCUCGGGGAUACAGGACUGUCCGGUGAUGUGCAGUGCACAGUCUGAUCGUGCCACCUGUGAGGCUCUCCCACACUGUGGCUGGUGUGAGGAGUUGGACUUCCCCGUCUGCAAGGAGACGUGCUCUCCAACUACCCCGGAGCCGACGACAACUGCAGCGACGACGACAGCGGAAACGACGUUGGCGCCAACGACAGACGUAACGACAACGACGGAAACGACGCUGGUGCCAACGACAGACGUCACGACAACGCCAGAAACGACGCUGGCGCCAACAACAGACGUAACGACGACGGCAGAAAGCCCUACAACAACAGAAGACAGUACAACGAUUGCUGGAAUAACAACUCCCGACCCCUUUCUGCUUGGUAUGGUCCAAAUCUUCUGCUUGCUUCGACUACAUAGUGUGAAAAGUGAAUAA